CUAUUUUUACGCCAUAUUACUACACCCACUCUGCUCUAUUUCCACCCUCGAGUGUAGAUGUCGUAACCAAAAGGACGUCAAGCCCAUCUGGGCUCGUGACGUAAGCACGUUUCGAUAGACAUCCGCUAGUGCGCUUGCGUCCUGAAGUCAUAUUCAAGAUGGCGGCGCCCUGUAAUGACAUUACACUGUGUUGACAGGUUAGUAGCUUCCAUAGUGCGGCUGUUUACAAUGCUUUAUCUAGUAUGUCACUUUAAAUAGACUAUGCACUAAAAUACAGCUUUUAUGAAUUGAUAGCUCCACUUUUAUUAAAGUUAAAAUCUCUUUGUUAAUAUUUAAAACGUGUGACUAUAUGAGGAUUGCAUAAUGAUUAAAUCCAUCCAUAUCUGUGGUACUAUGCAAUUUGCUUUCACAAUUUUGUGUUAAUUAAGAUAUAAAGUAAAUUACUCUUUAUUGUGUUUUUUACAUUUAUUUAUUUCUUCCCCAAUUCUUGUGAGGGGAAAAAAAAAGAUUAGUUAAAAUCUAUUGGGUCCAAAAAUCUCCACUUGUUAUAGUCACAGCAUGGCUAUUGAAACCUUCAUUUUGUUAUUUUAAUUUCAGUUUGCUACUAUUUCAAAUUUAGUGACUAAACCCCAUUGAAUGUUUUUAACCAGAUACAACUCAUUUUUCUUUAGUGCAUAUAUAUAUAUAUAUAUGUGUGUGUGUGUGUGUGUGUGUGUGUGUAUGUGUAUAUAUAUAUAUAUAUAUAUAUAUAUAUAUAAUUCAAAAAGAUGGUCUGCACUCCCAGGCUCCAAUUAAAAUGUAACUUUUUUUUAUUUUCACAUCAAAAAAAUAAAAGAAAAAGGUCAACGUUUCAGACCCCGAUUGGGACUUUCCUCAGGACAGCUCAGAUCUCACAAAAGGAACCCGGCGGAACUGAUGGCAAGAGCUCCCCAGGUCCUCUCCUGCCUCCCUAACUGCCUGUGGGUUGGUGAGGGGAGGCUUAGAGCAGAGCCGGCGCUCAGAUAGCGCUGGCUCUGCAUGAGCUGACAGGGGAGAUCCUGAGAUCUACCAUGACGGUCUCACUCCAUAGGCGUGUCACGGGGAUUAGGGUGUGCCCAGGCACACCCCGUGCGCACGCCUAUGUGUACACACCAUUUGGGUCAAAUUAUCUUCUGGUGGAAGCGUGAAUCGGCUUCAACCAUUUAACAUAAGAGUAUUGUAUUUAUUCAGAGGUAAAGUUGCCAACUAGGAGUAUGUUAAGGUUUAUGCACCAAACAGUGACGUGGAAGUAAAACUGCAAAUCAAAAAUGUAUUUAACUGUAGCCAGAGUCAGAUUUUUGUUCUAUGCCUGCUAUUUUGAUAUUCAUUUUGUGGUACAACUUUUAAAUUAACUUAAAUCCACUGCUUAGAGAAUAAAUCCUAACAUGCUGUUCUUAUUGUGUUUUGUCUUUUUCCCAAUUGUACAGCGUUGCAGAGUUUGGCGCUUUAUAAAUGCCAGUAAUAAAAAAAUAAAAUAAAAAUGCAUAAAUAUUUGGGAGACUGUUUUGACAGAGCGUGAAAUAUGUGUUUUUGCUUUAUAAAUACUCACCUUUCAUUUCUUUUCAGGUAAAAGCUGAUGCACUCUAGGUCACAAUUACCUUUUUCUUCCUGGUAAUAGAUCUGGUCGUAGAUUAGGAAGAUUAGAAAUUGGACUUAAAAAUGUUUCUUCUGGUGACUCUCCGGUCCAGCUUGGCACAGAGCAGGCAGCAUGCACUACGCUUCAUACACUGUGAAAGAGGGCAGGUAACUGAUGUGUAAGGUUUGAUUGUUUUUAUUUCUUCCUUAGGUGUGUGUGUGUGUGUAUAUAUAUGUGUGUGUGUGUGUGUGUGUGUGUGUGUGUGUGUGUAUAGAGAUAUAUAUAUAUAUAUAUAUAUAUAUAUAUAUAUAUAUAUAUAUAUAUAUUUGUCAGUUUCACCAUCGCACCCCCUUCAGAUAUGGUAAACAACCAAAGAUCAAUUUGAUAUAGGUUAGUGAUUAAUGCUAUACAUUUGGAAAUCUGUAUCCUUUUGUAGGCAGUAAAAAUGUUUUAACUUUUUAUAUUUUAUUGUGUGCUGUAGGCUGGUUGCAUCCCCAGCACAUGUGACAUUGGCAGCCCAGAACUCUGUUCCUGGCUGUCGAUAUCAAUUCUGUGCAUAAAAAACAUCUGUCGUCGGCGUGCACUGCAUGCUGCCAACAGACGUGAUAAUCUUGCACGCAGAGUGCUUGCAAGGGCAAGGUUGCUAUCCCCUCCCACCUCCCUUUUGAAGCACAUUAUUGAUAUAUUUUUUUUUUUAUUUAAAAAAAAAAACAACGAAAUAUUGUCUUUGGCGCAAAAAGUGCACUGUGCAAAUUCACAAUAUGUGCAGAAUAGGAUGUAAAAUAUCAGUGUAUAUAUAUAUGUAUAUAUAUAUAUUCCUAUUUUCAUAUAUCUACACGUUAUCUUCUGUAUUUUUCUAACUCUCAUUUUAUAUUUAUCUAUUCACCAUAAAGGAAAUCUUCAACUGAUUGUAGUACGUUUUGAAGUGGAUUUUAUUUGUGGUUUUAUAACCAUAUAUUAAUACUUUGAAUACAUUUUGUAAAUAGCAAAUUUAAUUUGUAAUUUUAAAUGUAUUGUUAUUGGUAAGGAUAAUGCAAGUUCCCAGGUUCUGUAAAUACAUGCAUAUACACAUAGUUUGAUAUAUUUUAUCUAGGAUCAGGGAUCCCUUGCAUUUUCCUUUGUAUUUAACAGUGUUUAAUUGCUUUUUUGCACUUUCUGGACAAUGUCUAUACUGAUAAAGUUGAUUGAAAACGUAAAAAAUAAAUAAAACUUGGGUGUUUAGUUCCGAAUGGGAUGACGUCACCAACAAAAAACUGCGAACAAGGAAGUUGUCAAUUGUAAGGCGGAGAAACCAAUUAAUUCAGGUAUAAAAAGGCAAACGCUCUUAACCCCUUAAGGACACAUGACAUGUGUGAGAUGUCAUGAUUCCCUUUUAUUCCAGACGUUUGGUCCUUAAGGGGUUAAAGGAAUCACAAUUUUUGAAACAGUCCAGAACGUGGAAGAAAGGCAUUGAGCGAAUCCAAAUGCACAAACGCACUACAAGGACUCUAGCGAACUGAAAUUCUGGUGAAUGAACUUUGCCUUUCCAGACGAUUGCUACUACUGCAUAGGAUCCUGUGGACAGCAUAUGAUUGCUGGUGAAGUUCCCCCCUGGUGGCCAAUCUGUAUAUACCACAAAAACGUUUGUUCAAAUAUCCUUUUGAGUGUAAAUGUGGUUGUUUAAAAUUUGUAUUGUUAUAAUAAAUAUUACACUAUAUUAUUUUUUUUUCUCAAUAUAUGAUCCACUUUGUAUAUACUAAUUCUGAGAGUGCCCUGACCUGAUUUUAACACCUUUUUAAAGGUAAUAUUGAUAUUUUUCAUUAUAUUCUGCACAUAAUUGUGAAUAUGCACAGUGCACAUUUUUGCACCAAAGACAGUGUUUUGGAACUAUUGGAGGGGAUAUUAUCUAUUAGGCUGUACUUUUGCACUUUAUCAGUUUACUAGGUGUGUGGUUUUUUUUUUUUUUUUUUAUUUAAACCUUUUCUCCUCUCCCUCCCAUGCCAGCAUUGAGUGCACACAUGCACUCUGAGCAGACAAAAUUGUCCAAUCAUAUGAUUCUCGAUGAGAAGUCUGUGAUUGGACUGCACGUGGCUCCUCCUGCUGGAUUCUGUGUGUGUAAAAGCUUUAUUUUGCGGGGGAGGGGGUAAAUCUCCAUAAUGCCCAAUAAGGUAUUUUAUAUAGAUUUCCCCUUCCCCCUUAAUGGGUUAUAUAACCCUUUAAACAAAAGUUGUUUUGAUUGAAAAGUGUCCCUUUUAGGUGCGGUUUUAUUUCAUCAGUAAGAUCAUUCCACAGAAGGGCAUACAGUAGAUAUCAUGGACAGAGAAGAACAAAAUGGCUGCACCCAGGUAUUGAGACCCAGCUCAAGGAAUAAAAAUAGUAAUCUAAAUAAAAGCAAGUGACAAGGGAGUUGGUAUAAUCAUUAAUAUAUAGAAAGCAUAAGGAAUUGAAAACCAAAAGGGGGAAAAAAGUGACAAGGCCAUUUUAAGAAGCACAAUCCGUUAUUUGCUGAUACAUAAUCACAUAAGAUAUCAUACAGCUUUCUUGACCUUUGUUACAGAAGAACGGCACACAUUGGAGAGAUUUCAUUCUUCAAAAAAGAUGGAAAAGCAGCACGAUAUCAGAAAUGGCAGCUCCAUCCAGAGCUGCAGUUGGGUCUUUACCCAACUCUGCUGCAGAGCGUACAAUGGGGCGCUGGCUUUUAGUCUGUAGUGGGAUGGUGGCUGGAGCUGUUAUACUUGGAGGCGUAACCAGGUGAGACACUUAGCUUUAAUUAUUCAAAAUGGUUAUUUGAAAGUUAGUCUUAUAAAUCAGAGAGCAGAAUAUGGUGUUUCAUCAACUCAACUAGUUUGUUACUUCGUAACUCAAUUUUAAAAACCUGCGAAACACAUUGAGUUUUUAGAGUUAAAUUCUUAAUGUAAAUUAAUUUUGUCUAUGACUUUAAAUAGAUUAACAGAAUCCGGGCUUUCUAUGGUUGAUUGGCAUUUAGUAAAGGAGAUGAAACCACCAUCUACAAAAGAUGAAUGGGAAGCAGAAUUCCAGAAAUACCAGCAAUACCCGGAGUUCAAAAUGUAAGUGCGUGUAGUAUAAUUUAUUAACAUGGUAAAAGAAGAAUAUAUUCAUUAGACCAAUCAUUUACCAACAGAGCUAUUUAUUAAAAUGAAAGGUGUUAGAAAUUCAAAGUGAAUUUUAAACUAAAGGUCAAAAUAGCUGAACUGGAAAAAGCUUCCAGUUGGGCCACCUUGGCCUUAAAUUCAAUAUUAAUUUAGCAUCCACUUUCAUUUCCCGACAAUUCUUAUUCUAGUAAAUAACCCUGCAAGUAAAACAUUUCCAAUAAUAAAACAUUUUAUGUCUAAAAAUAUUUUUAUUUUGCUAGCAAGAUUGAUAUAAACCCAUAGCUUCUAGGCCAUUUCACACCUGUGUUCUAAAGUUAUGUUUCGGCUUUGCACUCAAAAUAUUGCCAAUAUCCAUCAAUAAACAUCAUGCAUUCCAUAUUGUUUAUCUUUUAAGCAGGUCUUUUAGGGGAAAAAACCUUCAGUAAAAAUAAAUAUGCAAAUUUUGAAAGUUACCGUGCAAACAUAAAAAAAUAGAAUAACAUUUUUUGACACAAUUUUCCAUAGUGUGCAUGGUGAACAGCAACAAUACUAGUCAUUAUUUUUAUAAAUAUUUAUAAAAUACACCUGCUUUCAUAGUUAGUAUUAUUUUAGUUUGCCGACCAGUCUAACUUUAGAAUUCUAUACCUGUUUUUAAUUAAAGAUAGCAAUGGAAAUUAAAAAAAACCUUAUUAUUCAUUCUUGAUUGCGUUUUACCACCUUUUUAACUUGUGCAAGAACUGCAUAGAAUUGGAAAUAUUACAUAUAUUUUAAAAUAAUAUUUUUUAUUUGGGGGAAAACACCAUACUUUAUUUUUUUUGGUUAGAGUAACCUUUUAAGUGACUUAAAAAAUAAAAAUAAAAAAUAAAAUUCUAAUUUCAAGCAAUAAAAAAAAAAGCACAUAAAUACAACAAUAAACGUACUGCUACAAUGAAAUUCCAGCUAGAUAAUCACUCUAAUGACACGUAUUAAGAAAUCAUAUGGUGUCUUGCUUUUUUGGCUUUAGAAAGAUGUGUUUAAGGGACACUAGUUACCAGAACAACUACAGAUUAAUGUAGGUCUACUUCCUGUCUUUACAGACUUUUUUUAAUGUAAACACUGCCUUUUCAAAGAAAAGGCAGUGUUUACUGCCUUGGAACACCUUUAGUGGCCGUCACUCAUUUUGUAUUCCUGGCACUUUAGUGUUCCCUUAAACUAUAUAUCUUCAAUCCAAGUGGAUUCUUUAGAAUCUAGAAGGAAAUUAAUGUAACACUGUAUUGUGCCAGAAAUUACUUCCUACCUGGGCUCCACUACAAACCUCUCCCUGCUACCUCUCAGCCACCUGGAAUGCCAGAGGCUCCUAAGCAGGAGCAGCAGCACUGCUGGGCUUAGCUUAGAAAGCUAGCUUCUGGCUAGUGAGAAGGCUGUAGUGGAGGCUGAGAGUAACAUCUUGCAGUCUCCAGGCAAAAAGCCAAACCAUUUUUAAAAGGUUUCACUGCUUACUUUGGUGGGGGAUGCAAGGCACUACUGACACCAUAACUGCCACAAUGCGCUCUAGUGAUUCUUGUUUGGUGUGUUCCUUUAAAUGCACUGUUCCAUAUUGGAUGUGCGAUCCUACAUAUAAAAUCAUGAUGUUCAGAUCACUUUUUUUUUUUUUUUUUUCUCAGCUUGAACCAUGAUAUGACACUGAAUGAAUUCAAGUUUAUCUGGUUUAUGGAAUAUUCCCAUCGUAUGUGGGGACGUGCAGUGGGACUGGCUUACAUUCUUCCAGCUGUCUACUUCUGGAGAAAGGGCUGGUUUAAUCGAGGAAUGAAAGGCCGCGUUCUAGGCCUCUGUGGAUUUGUUUGCUUUCAGGUAAUAUACUAAAAGGCCUGCUGGAAUGGCCUUCUAAAAAACCAACAGAUUCCUUAAAAAUAUAUCACAAAAGAUACUGCUGCAGAAUGUUAAUCAACAUGAGGAUCCUUCCUUAGAUUUAUCAAAAUAAAGGGUGUAUGUCAUACAGUUAGGCUAUUAACAGACAUAUAAACCGAAAACAAUUGAGUUGUUUUUUUUUUUUUGUAAUAUUAUUGUUUAUCACAACUAAUCAGUGUUUUUGAAAUUAACGUAAUCGAAACAGAGUAGCCUAAUUUGUGAUUUGUUUGUGGACUCUGAUAUUCUGGUCUCUUUGCUAAGCCCCUGAUUUUUUUUUUUUUGUAAAGUUACAGAAGAUGCAAUCACUCAUUAACAGAACACCAGGCCAAAAAAGUAAUCUAGGAUUUAGUGCGUGUUGUUAAAUGCAUGUUUAUGGGCAAUCUGGAAGCAACAUUACCAUAUAUGUUUAUUGUAUAGGUUAUUGGGCAAGGAGUGACCCUUAACCCAUAUGCUCAUUAUACAAUUUAUAAGUGACUAAGGGCUCUUUCAUGUCAUUUUAUGUGUGAGCCAAGCCACGGGUGUGUCUACAAGUACCUAAUGGAACUUUAAAUUUUUCCGUGCUCUCACCUUAGGUAAGUGGAAAUUAAGCCCUGACGAUCUAGUGUUAGAUUACCAAUGGUGAGAAUCAACAUGCAGAUGUUCGUCAAGAAUCCGAAAAAGCCAACAGUGGCAUUCUUGCCCCAGGGCAGAAGUCCAUCUGGGUGAUUUGAAGUGUUGCUGACCAGAGCUGUGCCUCAUGCUACUGUACAGUGAUCCAUUAUGGAAUAAACAUAGCUCCAAGUAGCUUCACUCACACUUUACAUCAGGGGUGAGGUCUCCACCUGCUGGCAAAGUUAAACAAAUUGAAGGUAAACACAGUGGCGUCCAGGGACUUAUGAGAUAAUGGGAAGGACGGACCGGUAUACAUGAUACAUUCAAGAUGGAUGUAAUGUACAAUAUAAGGAUGGGGGGAGUAAGGUUUUCUAGUAUUCGUCCUUCUCCUAUGCCACUGUUCUACUAAUACUAGUACUUCUAACUAUCCCCAUACAUCUUACCAUAUGGAUGGACUGGAAGAGUGACAUGGGCGGGGAAAAGAGGGUACAAAUACACUGAAUCUUCACACGCCUGUACUGUCCUGUAUUCACACUUGUGCAUACAUAACUAAGCCCAGAUUGGUCUUUCAGUUUAGGAGAAUAAAAUUUUACUUUUAUACUGUGAAUGAGGAACUAUGUGAGAAUUGAGAUGUUAAGUGAAAAGUGUGUAAUUUUUCUUAAAAUAAUCCUGGUAACAAUCAACCUUUUUCUCUAUGCAUAUUUUGUUUUCUUGAAGGGUCUUUUAGGAUGGUACAUGGUGAAAAGUGGCUUAGAAGAAAAGCCAGAAUCUUAUGAUGUCCCACGUGUCAGCCAGUACCGUCUGGCAGCCCAUUUGGGUUCUGCUCUUGUUCUGUAUUGUGCAAGUCUUUGGACUGGUUUAUCACUUCUUCUUCCAAGGCACAGGGUAAAACAUGUUCUCUCACCUCUAGUUUUAUACAUUAAUUUCCAGAUUUUAUCAGAUGGCUACUGUAACAAGUAAAGUAUUCUUUCUAUAAUUGUGGCUGUAUACUUGUGCUGAGAUUGUUCUUGUCUCUUAACAGUUACCUGAAACCCAUCAGUUAUUAAGGCUGAGAAAAUUCACACAUUGGACAGCAGGCCUGGUUUUCCUCACAGCCCUAUCAGGUAUUUCUCACAGCAAAAAAAUAAAGUCUACCUAGUAAGCAGACAUGCAUAUAACUUAGAUCAAUAGACCUGAUCUGUAAGUUGAGUACACCAUUGGUUAAAAAUAACUGUAGAUAUUAACAAAUUGAAGUAGUUAUCGUGCCUGGAGUCAGUGAUCAUCAGGUCUCGCAUCAUUAGUAAAUGGUUUACUCACUGUUUAGAAGACAUAUGUGGUCCCAGGCAACCUAUAGCCCAGCCUACAAUGAUGAAAUUGUGGAGGUGUAGCUAUGAUCAGCUGCUUACCAUACCAGGUGUAGCAACUAGUAACGAGUAGCUCUCAGCCAAUCACUGCCAAAUCCCUGGUAUGGAUUGGUAUUUUGUAAGGAUGAAGCUUAGCUCUGCCCACACCAUACUGCCAUUGGAAUAAAGAAGAUGAUCCAGCACACCAGGGUAUGUGAAAGCACUGUAAAUGUAUUGAUGUGCAAUAACAUGCAAUGUUUAAUCCUUAUCACUAGGCCUUUGACAAGCUUGAUAAAGGUUUUGUGAUAAGACCAAAACAUUGCUUGAUAUGAAUCCUCAGUACAUUUUGAGUGCUUUCACAUACCGUGGUGUGCUGGGCCAUCUUUAUGUCGUUGCUGCUGGACAGCGGAACCAGUGUGCCUUGCAUCCAUGGAUGGUGGAUAAUAUUGAGUGCUGGAUACUUUAUUAUAUUUCUGUAUGUUGCUAUUGGAGGCCCACUUCAGUGACUCAACAUUAUAGUAGUGAUUAAGGACAAGGACUCCAGGCACCAUUACCACUUCAAUUAAUUGUUCUUUAAAGGAACACUCCCGUUAAUUUCUAUUAUUUUUGACUAUUAACUAAACACUGAAUUAUGCUGAAAUGAAAAAGUUAUCCCCCUUGAUGAGCAAAUCUGCUGAAACGCGUCAGUGCCUCAGGGCGCCUACCCGGCAAGAUCCACGUGUUGUACUAACACUGCCGUCACUUUGAUAAAAACAGAACUUGUUUCCGAAUAGGCAUCCUGUCACAGGUUUUUCAGUCUGCUCAAUUCCUCAACCUUACUGAUCUAACUUCAGAGUGGGGUGGUCCUAGUAGUAGAGCAGGCUUUUCCAAAGGGGUGCCCACGAAGGCGCAUUAGAUUCCAAGAGAUCAGUUUAUCACAUGACGUGCUAAUUAUGCCGGUCUGGGUAAAGCUUGCAAAAAGUUAAAAUUGACCAUGUUGAUCUACCACUAAUAGGGACUCUCGAUCACUGUACUUUAACCGAGAAUUCAGCUUGUAUUACCUUUACCUUAAUUAGGUUUAACAGUAGGGAGAUAAGCAUUUUAAUGCUCUUUGCAAAAGAGGCAUUUAGGAGGAAACACUAGACCCUUGCUGCAGAAGAGUCUAGUUAACAGAUAUCUUUCCUUCAUCUGGAGCCUUGAUUGCAACUAUUUGUACCACUGAAUCCUUAUAAACCUUAUUCUGAUACUUACUCUAAUAAUACAGGUACAUUUCUGUUUAAAAGCAGACACAAAUUUUCUGUGCUGUGUAAGUAAGAUAUAUUACCUGACAACAAUAGGACUGAAUAUCCUGUUCUUUUCAUUUAUUUUAUUUUUAUUCAUUGUCUGUCCUAUAUUUUUUUUUUUUUUAGUUUAAAUAUUAAACGUUAAGUUUUAUUAGCAACUACUGGUUACUGUGACAAGGCUUUACCCUAGCUGUAACUUUAUAUCUCAAUAGGAGUCUUCUGCCGGUAGAUUUUUUUUUUUUUUUUUCUUGGUUUUGUAUAUAUUCUAUUGGAUUUAGCUAUUUAGGGGUUAUCCCCCAUUUUUUGUUCUUUCUACCACCACUCUGUCUCUUCUCACAAUUUAGGCUCUAUUUUGUUUUCAAGCAAUUUGAAAAAGUUAUGAUAUUCAGGCUAAAAUGCUACAGAUUUUUUCCAUACAUUCCUUUCCUUUUUUAUUUACUUUUCAGUACACUACAAUUUGGUGUUGGUAAAUAAACAAUUGCGUUUCUUCAUGGGCGUGAAUACAACACUUUCUCCCUUUUUUUUUUUUUUUUACAAAAUAACUGCACGUUUAGACUGAGGUAAAUAUCUUCAAUAUUUUUUAACAGGUGCCUUUGUCGCAGGAUUAGACGCUGGUCUUGUUUACAAUUCCUUUCCCAAGAUGGGGGACCGUUGGAUUCCUGAUGACUUACUUGCAUUUUCCCCAACAUUAAAAAACAUCUUUGAAAAUCCCACAACAGUCCAGUUUGAUCACAGAAUCCUUGUGAGUACUGUUCAAAUACUGAUGAUCUGUAGUGCAUGCCUCAAAAAAUGAUUUGCACUAUAUUUGAACUCAUUAGCAAAACCUACACACUGUUUUGUUAUAUAAACUGGAAUAGUUAACCUAUUCCUGUAUACGUUUUUUUUAUUUAUUUUUUAUUAACUAAACAUGGAGUUAAAUGACAACUGUCAAUUUUGUUUUUUUUAUAAAAAAAAAAAAAAAACCAAAAAAACCUUGCAGCAUGUAAUGGAACGAUAGGUGUUUUAUUUUUAUUUUUUUGUUUGUUUUUUUAUAAAUGAAGUGUAUGCAAAAAUACCUGAAAACUUGGCCCUUACUUUCUCAGAACACUAUUUACACACCUUCGGCUCAACUGAGACUCCUACUUUGCUCCCUGUAGAGAGCAAUGACCUCAUCAGCCAUCACCCUGUAUGGUCUGCCUGGUCCGAAUUUCAACAACAUUGUCAAUUUUCAUAUUUUCUUAAUACAAAUGUGGACCGACUUCAGUCUGUCCGACCAAUUCUGUAAAACUGGUUCGAAUUAGGAAAUCAAUGUUUUUGCGAACUAAUCUACAAAAUCUAAAAAUUGUGCACGACUGCUGUUUAUUUACUUUAAUAGUUAUUUUGCCAUUCCAGUAUGCAUUCAAAUCCAUAUUUUUCAAGGACAGUUCUCUUCAAUAAAUUUAUAUAAGAAUAUUUUUUUCUGGAACUAUGUGACUUUAAUGCCACUAAAUAACAACAUUGUUUUGGUAUUUUAUUUUCCUUGGGUUCAUACUUCAACACUGCGGUUGCCAGAGAUUUAACAUGUCUCAAAUAUCAGAAAAAUGGCAUUGUAGUAAACAAUGAAAAGAAAUGAGAAAUUAUGCUAGUUUGAAGUGUUUAGGGACUAUAAUUUUACACAACUGUGUUUUUGUCUAUUGAUGGUAUGCAUGAAACUCAUGUGCAUAAGGUGUAUGUGUAUUUGAGUCUUGUGAAACCCUGAAAGUGAGUGGUUUGGAAUGCUGUCCCCAAAGGAAAAAUAAAAAGGUUCCAAAUACUACACGCUGGACUUCAAACAAAUUAUUGGUCCAGUAAAUUAGUAACAGCCCAUUUUGUUAAUCUUUUAACAAAAACCAAAACCAAGCACCAUAACCACUACAGCUUACUGUAGUGAUUACGGCUCAAGGAGUGCCCUGCCCCCGCCCAUUGUACAUAGUCAAACUAUUUUUCAACGUCCGCUAAACACUCUCAGCCAAAGAGAUAUGUCCUGUAUUGUAAGGCUUGGCUCAGGAGAGCUAACGGAAGUUCAUACUAAAGAACUUCCGUCUCUCUGGCAAUGAUAGAAGAGUUGUGAAGCCAUGCCCUUGGGGCCCCAAGUAAGAAGUCAAAAACAAUGCCAGGGCAGUCCUGGCACCAUAAAUACUACAGGGACCUGCAAUGGUUAUGGUGCUUUAAAUGUUCCUUUUAUUCUAUAUUGAAAUCAUACCUGCAAUUAGUGUUUUGCUUUGUAAUGGUCUAUAUUCUGAUUACAGUAAAUUUGCUUUUUUUAUUAUUAUUAUUAUUAGUAUUUUAAAUGUUAACUGUUCUAAUUGUGUGACUUGUUUGUUUUUCAUAAAUAUUUAGGGCAUCAGCUCUGUAGCUGCUAUCACUGGACUGUACUAUGUGUCUCGCAAGGUUCCUCUUCCUCGUAGAGCAAAGUUGGCCUUAAACUCCCUGAUUGCUGUGGCGUACCUACAGGUUCUAAUCUCCAUUUUUACAUCAAAAUGCUAAUGAAUAUAUUUUUAUUUCAAAACACUUUUGCAUUACAUAUUGAAGCUUACAGAAUUUAAAGCAACACUAUAGUGUUAGGAAUACAAUUUAUUUCCUGUAGCAGUUUAGAUGUCUGCCCCAUCCAUGUAUAUGAUAAAGGUAAUUUUACUUACCUUUCAUCUAUCACUCUACUGCUCCACCUUGUUAGCUGAGAUCAUUAAUCUUGAUGACCUCAGCCAAUCCAAUGCUUUACCUUAGGGAAGCAUUGGGAGGCUUGUAGGCAUGCACAGUAUAUCACACAUAGCACCAUUCAAAUGCUACUCUAGGAGCAGAAUUUGAUGAAAACAUAGUUUAGGUCUGUGAUCAAAGCAGAAACUUCUCCAGUGGCUAUCAGGAAGAAAGCCACUGGAGGUGUGUUAACUUUGCAUUGUUUUACAGAGCUGCUGCACCCAGACCAGGUUGAUUUAGUUUUUCUCAAAUCGUCUGUUUUGGCAAACGUUUUGCAAAUUAGUUGUGAGUUUUAGUCAAUUAAACCACUUUGUGUUUCAAAUCCAUUGAUAUCUGCACAUUGGCAUUGGAGUUACUCGUAGUCAAAUCACUGUGGUGAUUUGAAGUGUGGCUUUUCAAUGUUUCAUGUAAAGUUUGCCUGAAGACUAGUUUAAAAAAAUUUCCAUUACAGAGAUUUAAGGAAUACAAUAUGUAGGAUAUCUGGACAGAUCUGUUCAUCUGCAGUACUAUUCAUAGUAAUUUGUCACAGAGAUGGUAUUUAUUCUUAGCUUUGUGAAAAAAUGUGUAUUUUGUAAGGCUACCCAAAAGGUUGAUCCCCAGAUGUUGUAGAACUACAACUAACAUAAUGCAUUCUAAUCCCUGUAGAAUGACAAAGCAUCAUUGAAACUGUAGUUUUAAAACAACUGAGGAUCUACCAUUUGGGUACCCCUGUUGUAGUGGGUUCAUUGAUUUUCUUAAUUGUUGGCUUACACGCGCUAACUAGGUUCUGAACCUUCAGGUUUAACACAUAACAGAUAAGUGAAAGUGCUUGAAACAUAAAAGGAGUUAGAAUUUAGUCUAAUUAUAUAUAACUGCCUUCAUCCCACCUGGUCAUGUAGCGUUGGUACUUCACAUGAUCUUUUAAGACAGAAUUAAUCAGCAUUAAAACGAGAAAUGAUCACAAAUUAGAUAUUGAAUUGUGUUUCCUUUAUUAUGUCAUUCUGAUUAAGAAAUGCCUAUUGCAUAAACUGUUUUGAGAUAAGCCAGAAUAUGUUGUAAUUUUUUUAAAUUUAUUUUUUCAGGUCACUUUGGGUAUAAGCACCUUGUUGCUGUAUGUCCCCACUUCUAUAGCAGCUACUCAUCAGUCUGGAUCACUCGCUCUCCUCAGUAUGGCUAUCUGGUUAAUGAAUGAGUUAAGGCGUGUACCUAAAUAACCUCAUACACCAGAAGACAACAAGGAUCUAUGAAAAGCAUUCAAUUGCUGCAUAAUAUUGGGCGCUUUGUACUUUGCAUUUACCUGAUAUUCUUUUUUUGUUUUUGUUUUUUUGUUUCCUGUUUGGAGAAAAAAUUUACUUUGCAUUUGCUUCCUUCUAAAGGUUGCUGUCAUAUUACUAAUAUGCAAUAUGGUGAUAACAAAUUAAGAAGAGAUAUGUUUCACUAGACCAAGUCAAUUUGUUUACAUUUGGGAGACUAAAGUAAAUAAGUGCGCAGAGUAUAACUGAUGUGCCUUUCUAGAUAAAAUGAGUAAACAGAAAUAUGUCCAUUUCUCCCAGUUCCUGGAUAAACCAAAUUAAAGAAAUUCUACCAUGUUUAACAUUUUUAUAAUCUUCAAAUUAUUUAAUUUGUACAUAUUCCAGUGUCUAGUAGAAUUACAGUUUGUAGCAUUAUAAAUUACAAAAUACCCCCAUCCAUUUCCAGCCAAUACAUGAAAUGAAUCACAGGAACUUCCACACCUCUCUCAGGGUCCUCUCUGCCAUGCUUUAAAAUGCUUUGCUUCUGGGGUAUAUUAAAGAGACUGCAAGAUGAGGAGCUAGCACAUACUGAAUGUCUGUAUGGCUCCCUAUUUCACCAGCACCAGCACUUUUGCUUCUACUCCUGUCCUGUUAUUAAUUUUGAAUUGAAAUGUUUAGUUUACUACAUUCAAUGUAAGAUCAUUUUCCGUUUUCUGGUAUCCUUGAAAUUGCUUCUCUCUUCUGUUAAAAACAUUUUCGGAGUUGCCCUUUUUUGUUUUUAUGUAACGUAUGUGGCUCACUGUAAAAUAUGUGAUGCCCACAUGGAACAAAUGCUUAAUACUAGAACUGGAUUAUUACAUUGAAUAUCUCCACUUCAAAACAAUUAUAUAAUGAAUAAAAAGACAAAAACUGUGUAUUCUUGUAAACAUGCAUAGAUUCAGAACAUAUGGGGAUCUUUUGUAUUGUCACUGAAAGAUGGGGGAGUAAUCUACAAUGUAAUUUGCUGAUAAAAUCUGUGUUCCACAUUUUGUUGGACAAAUUGAGCAAUAUGUCCUAAUUGAUCUAUCAAAAAACAAAAAUGAAUGCAAGUGGUUGACAGCUUCUGGUAUUCAACAGAUCCAUGAUAUAUAUAUGGCCAUACAAAUGAUCUUUACCAUUGUGAUAGGCUAGUAUAUUAAGCCAUAAGUCCCACUCCAGCAUUCUCUCCCCGCCCAGGACAGGGCAAUGAACUGGGUAGCUUAAGGGAUUUAAAUAUCUCUCUUUUGACAGUGACUUCACACGCAAGUUCCUUUGAUGCUGGGGGCGGGGCUAUAAAUGUCUACUGCCAUUUUUGUUUAGAGCUGGCAGCCUGGAGAAGCCGGCGGAGCGGCUCCCGACUCACUGCUGAGCAGGUAAGCUCAGUUCGUUGGUGUGGUUGUGACGGUCAGGCACGACUGCAGCGCGUUGCGAGCAGGAGGCCGUGACAGUACCCCCCACUCGAAGACCGCCCACUGGGUGGGAAUGAGCCAGCUUGUGAGGAAACCUGUUAUGAAACGACCGGACAAGACGAGGAGCAUGGACUCUAUCAGCAGGAAUCCAAGAAUGUUCCUCAGGGCUGUAACCCUUCCAAUCCACCAAAUAUGACAACACAUCUCUAGAGAUUCUGGAAUUUAAUAUAGAGCGGACCUCAAAUUCCUCCUGUCCACCAACCACUAGAGGGGGAGGAGGUAUGAAUCGCUUUGUGUACCGGUUGCAAGUAAGCAGUUUUAAUAAAGACAUAUGAAAUGUGUUAGUAAUCCACAUAUGAGCUGGAAGGGCCAGCGAGUACGUCACAGGAUUAAUACGUCAAAGGACACGCAAAGGACCUAUGAAUCGAGAUGCUAGUUUCAUAGAAGGAACUUUCAAUUUGAUAUGACGCGUGGUAAGCCAGACCAUGUCCCUGACUUGAUAGACAGGAUUGGCACCAUGCCGUUUGUCAGCCUGGAGUUUAGUAUGUUUAGAGGCAGAUUGUAAGGCGUCAUGUACCGAAGCCCAAGUAUCUUUGAUAGAGGCCAAAUGGAUGUCCAAAGCAGGAAUAUCAGUGCUCGGAAAAUUAGAAGGCAACACAGUGGGGUGAAAACCAUUAUUUAUAGAGAAAGGAUUGAACAUUGAGGAUUCAUGAGUACUGUUAUUUCUAGCGAAUUCUGCCACGGACAAGAGAUUUGACCAGUUUGUAUGAUUUGCAUCGAUAAAACAAUGCAAAUACGAUUCUAAGCAGUGGCGUACACACAACCCAUGGGGCCCCGGUGCGAAAACUGAUCCGUGCCCUCCCCACCCCCCACUGAGUAAUGCUUUCCUACGGGCGGUUUGAAUGCGCGCGUGUCUCUUGCCAUGCAUGCGCAUUCAGAGCUGAGCGGCGGAAUCGGGGCGGAGAGAUCCCCAGUGCCAAGGGAGUCCGGCGCUGGAGAAAGGUAAGUGCUUAAGACACACACACACACACUCUCACGAACAGACGUAUACACAUUAGCUAACAGACACUCUCAUGAACAGACGCAUACACACUAGCUAACACACACACAGAUUUACUGACAGACACACACUCUGACAUACAUACACACUCACUAACAGACAGACAUACGCACAAAACACAUUCACUAACACACACAAACUAACACACUCAGUGACAGACACAGUCACUGACACUCUAACACUAACACACACUCUUAACACACACACACUCUAACACACAUUAAUACUAACACACACGUUUUUAAAAAAAAUUUAAUCCCCCGCCUCCUUACCUUUUGGAGAGCUGAGGGGAUUCCCUGGGGUCUAGUGGUAUCACCGGGCUGGUGGUGCGCGAGGGAGCUGAAGAGGAAGCACUCGGGGAAGAGUGCUCCCUCGCGCGCCAGCCUUCCCGCCCGGUGACACCAGGGCCAGCCUCGGGGGGCCCUGAGGUGGCCGGCUCCUGGGCCCCCCCAGGAGAAUACGCUGGCCACAGUAUGUACGCCACUGAUUCUAAGGCUUGCUUGGCUCUCGCCGCUUCCCCAUUUGUUUGAGGGUGAUAAGAGGAAAAAGAAAGCUCUAUGCCCAACUGUUUGCAGAAAGCAGUGCACGCCAGAAUCUAGAAACAAAUUGGGUCCCUCUGUCCGAGAGUAUGCGUUUGGUAUCCUAUUAAGCCUAAAGACUUUGCGCAAGAAUAUUUGGACAAAGUCUAUGUGGAAGCUGACGUUGUCUUGUCAGCCAUCUUGCUACUAUUAGCCAUUCUUAUGGAACAAUUUACAGUGUCCAAACUGAUUUCCUUGUACUCCUUGAACAACUUAUUUUUCCUUUUUCUGAACUAUGGAAGCUGAACUAUUAAACUAUUUUAUUAUUAUUAUUUUUUUUUUUUUUUGAGUUAUUUGGAGAGGGAAGAAGUGUUAACUGACCCAGGGAUGGACGUAGAAUGUGUGUUUUUGAUGUACGUUGAGUCUGUUAGGUAUAGCUUCUACAAGUUUUGAACUUGCAGAGAGAAGUGAAUUAUAUUUUACUUCCCCUGAGUGUAGACAGAUAAUAUUUAAUAUGCAGCCUCAAUAUUGUUUUCUCUCCCAUCAAGUUGCAUAUUGUGAUAAUUUGAUUGGACAUUUAGAUUAGUAGGUUAUUUGGAAGGAAUAGCAAAGAAAGUGCUAUGGGAUAUUCAUCUUUGAUAGUGAGGAAUUUUCCCUGUCAGGAAUUUCCCCUUGCCAUGGUCUUUUGUAUCAAUUUGCAACUCUCUGUAUUUCUCCUUUUCCCCAAACCAGCUGGCGAGGAGCCCCAAUGAACAAUACAAGACAAGGUUCAAAGUGACUUCUGACAUUUAAUGGGCUUAGCAACAGGUUUUGUUCAGCAGGAAACAGGGGUGGUCUUUACAAGCAUUAUUCAAUCCAAAUAAAAUCAUCUAUCUUAUCUUAACCUAUAGCAAGCUUGCAGGUGUAUAUUCAUGUUCGGGCCUUGCUGAACGCUAAGUUUCACGAUAACUACGCACGUAGAAUUUGUAGCUGGAAUUUUGGCACAGGUUACCCACUUAAAGCUUCAGACCACAACAUUUUAAUCUAUACCCUAGCCUUGGGAUAGGCAUCAUCUGCAAGGUCAAGGAAGUUCUUGGAAUCAUGACACGCUGCAUAUGGAUUCUGGCUAUGCUUGGUUCUGGUCCCAGAUGUACUGGGUGGACAUAAUGGGGUACCCCUGUAGUUUGUUUGUGGUCUAAGUAUCCAUUAUUUAUCCACUAUCUCUUAACCCAUCCAGUCUUACGGCUGGUUUUGUGACAACUUAUGGGAAGAGGCCACCUAAAGAACUCGCUAACGGGUACAUCUCCGAGGUGUGUUUGGCCAUGUUGGGCGUAAGCUGAUGACCCCAUUCCCACUUACACAAUUCCUUAUGGAUCUCCUAAUUUUUGUAUGUAAAUGGGUAUUUUUAAAUACCAUCAAUAAGUGGUUUUCCCCCUCCUACCAAUACCCAAGCAAACCUUCAUAUUUGCAAGUAUUUUACAAUCACAUAUGGUGUCAGCACUAAGAAUGACAUGUCUGUACAGUUGUGGUCCUCACACUGAGUUUUCUCCACUGUGAGGUUUUUUCCUGGCCCCAGAUCCCCCUGCAGACCAAGUAAUCCUAUAACCUGGUUGACAGAUGAGGGAUAGGUAUUAUUCCCAAUGAGUAUUGUGUGUAUUGUGAACACAGGAGGGGUUAAUGGAAACAAAUUGUUUUACCAAUGCAAAGCUUAGUGAGUAUUCCCCUAGACAUACAGAGCUAUAUAUAUAUAUUGUAUGUUACAAGGUGUCAGUUGCAUGUCCUGCUUUCUACAUCUGUAUUUCUUAUUACUUAGCUAAAGUAAUACUGUAUACAUAAAUUGAAAGACCAAAUGAUCAGUAGGCCUGAUUAUUAUACAAUAUACUCAUGGUUUGAAAGGGUUAAACUCACAAUUUUUAAACAUACACUAUUUUUCUGUUCUUGUGUCCUUGCGCCUGACAGCCAGCUUUCGCUAUCUUUUAUAAACAUCCUGCACUUGAAAAAAAUAGCAUUCUUUCUAGCACCUGCAAUUUUUAAUUGGGUUCCUAGUCUCAUCAGCUAAAAUGAACUAACUUACAGCAUUACGAAAUGUUAUAUAAAAAAUUAUACUGUCUGUUCUUAGACUCCUUUGAUUGGUUAAUGUUGCCUUUGAUGUAUACAUGCCUUGACAAACUGUGUUUUAUAUAUACGAUGUACCAAGCAUUAAAACGUUCGAAUGCUUAUUGAUAAUCCAUCUGAAACGGUGUGACUUUUUUGAGUAUUCCCAGCAGCUGAUUACUGAGACGAAAGAAAAGCAGAAAAGUGUUAGUGCAUAAGUCCAUGGCAGCGUAAGGGUUUCCAGACAAUGUGGUGAUUCGUCCAGCCUAACAGGGUCAAAUACAAUAGAGUGUCUUUUUUUGCACAUGAAAAUAACAGAUCAGAGGCAUAACUAGAAACCACCAACCCCCAGUGUGAAAAUUGCCCUUGGGCAUGCAUAUCAUUUCCCCCCAACCCUCUCCAUGUGUCUCAUUCUCCCUUCCCAGCCCAUCCAUGUGUUUCAUUCCCUCCCCCCAAACCCCUUCACGUGUCCUAUUCCAUCCCCCAAGCCCUCCAUGUGCUGCAUUCCCUCCCCCAGUCCCUCUAUUUUUCAUCCUG